CUGUCGUGGACACCUUGCUGCAGAUGACAGGCGCUCAGGUGAGAGAUACAAUGCGAAGACUAGGGUCCAGUUCAGAAGAAUGUGCCAGACUCAGUGCUGCCCUCUCCUGUCUAAAGAGUGCCACUGAAUCAGGGGGCGAACUAAGAGAUGACAGCAGUCUCUGGCUGUCUGAGCCCACCAGAAGGGACAGCGGCUCUCUACUGACAGCAGACCAGCUAGCCAACCUGGGGACUCCACUUCGCCCUCACAGUCCCUCGCCUCUAGCCCGCCCAUCCGCCAUCCAGUCCACCCCAUCUACUCCCUGUGCUACCUUCCCCCACCCUCGCUCGGGCUCAGUGUCAGCGGCGCCCACGCCAGAGGCACAUGGCGACAGCCCCCUCACAGAUCCAUUCCCCAUGUCCUUUGCCCGCGCAGCCCGGCUCCACGGGCACGCCUCCACCCCCCCCAUAACGCCUCCUUCAAAGAGGCGUCGGCUGAAGCCUCCCUGCACCCCUCCGCCGCCGUCCCGCACGGUGCUGCACCUGCUUCCCAACAUCACUCUGACACGCAGCAAAAGCCACGAGUCUCAGCUGGGCAACCGCAUCGAGGACCCUCCCACUAACAAGUGUGUUAAAAAGAACAAGUUGUUUCUGAACAUGCAAGUUAACGGUAAUGGAUGUGAGGACUUGCCUUCUCGCUACCCCGCCGUGUCUGCACGCACGCCCGGAAUCACCCCAGCUGCCGCCACAGCACCUUACACCCUUCCUGGAACUCCCACUCUGCUGGAGGAGCACAGCACAAUUAAGAAUAAUGUAGCAGUGCAUCGCAGCUCCCCACAAGCAGGAAGGAGGGACAUAGGGCUUGCAGUCACGCACAGGUUUUCCACCAAGUCCUGGUUGUCCCAGACGUGUCAAGUGUGCCAGAAGAACAUGAUGUUUGGAGUUAAGUGCAAACACUGUCGAUUAAAGUGCCACAACAAAUGCACAAAGGAGGCUCCAUCCUGCAGAAUCUCCUUUCUGCCAAUCGCCAAAAUUCGGAGGACCGAGUCAGUUCCUUCUGAUAUAAACAACCCUGUGGAUCGGCCACCGGAGGCACCGCAGUUUGGCACCCUGCCAAAGGCCAUUACAAAAAAGGAUCAUCCACCAGUGCUGAACCAGCUGGACUCCAGCAGCAAUCCAUCCUCCACCACUUCAUCCACACCUUCUUCCCCAGCGCCAUUCCAACAGAGCAACCCCCCAAGUGCCACCCCACCACCUAACCCUUCGCCCAAAGGUCAUCGAGACAGCCGCUUUAAUUUCCCAGCUGCCUGUUACUUUCAGCAUAGACAGCAAUUUAUCUUCCCGGAUGUUUCCGGUCCUGCAAACUUGCACUCAGAUGUUCUCCAGGACACAGUCAGUGAGAUAGAGCAAUCAUCGGAUGACAUACAUUCUCAGCUCGUAGAAGAUGAUGAUGAAGAGGAAGGGGACGAGGAAGUCGAGGUUGAAGAUGAAGAUCCCGAAGGGGAGGAGGAAGACGACGAGGAAGAUGACGAGGACAAUGUGGACGGAGGGGAAGAUGAGGACGACAGAGGAGAGAUCAGGAUGAACGUGGGCUCCGAUGGCGAGUGCGAUGAGCUGGAUGAUCUGCCCAAUUCUCGGGGAAACCAGUGGAAGGGCCCCAUCUCCCGCAAGGCCAGUCAGACUAGUGUUUACCUGCAAGAGUGGGACAUCCCCUUUGAGCAGCUGGACCUUGGAGAGCUCAUAGGAAAGGGCCGCUGGGGAAAAGUGCAUAAGGGUCGGUGGCAUGGUGAGGUAGCAAUCCGGCUUCUUGAGAUUGAUGGGAACAAUCAGGACCACCUGAAACUCUUUAAAAAGGAGGUGAUGAACUACAGGCAGACCAGGCACGAGAAUGUGGUUCUCUUCAUGGGGGCCUGCAUGGCUCCACCACACCUCGCCAUCAUCACCAGUGAUGUUCUUUCACUCCUGCAGUUUUGAAAGGGGAGGACCCUCUAUUCAGGUCGAGACACUAAAAACACUCUGGAAAAUAAGACGAGACAAAUUGCUCAGGAGAUUGUAAAGGGGAUGGGCUAUCUGCAUGCCAAAGGCAUCGUUCACAAAGACUUGAAGUCAAAGAACGUUUUUCACGAUACCAACAAGGUUGUGAUCGCAGACUUUGGCCUGUUUGGGAUCUCUGGAGUUGUUCAGGAGGGAAGGCGUGAGAAUAAACUCAAACUUCCUCAUGGCUGGAUUUGCUACCUUGCGCCAGAGAUUGUGCGUAGGAUGAGCCCAGGUAACAAUGAGGACCGCCUUCCUUUUUCCACCGCUGCAGAUGUGUACGCUUUUGGCACAAUUUGGUAUGAGCUUCAAGCUAGGGACUGGCCAAUCAGUAACCAGCCUGUGGAAGCUACCAUCUGGCAGGUGGGGAGCGGAGAGGGCAUAAAGAAGGUCCUGGCAGAGAUCAGCCUGGGAAAGGAGGUCACUGAGAUCCUCUCUGCCUGCUGGGCGUACGACUUGAGAGAGAGGCCGACCUUCACACAGCUGGCUGACAUGCUGGAGAAGCUACCCAAGCUCAAUCGCAGGCUGUCCCACCCUGGACAUUUCUGGAAGUCUGCAGAGUUGUAGCCGUCACUCUGAAACAUAAGCAAUGCAAAACAAAGCCUGGGUCUGCCUUGCAUGCUCCUGAAUCCUUAACUCUUACAGGAUUGAUCAAAGCAUUGCCUCUGCCUGAAACAGGCGCCGCUUCCACUAAUCCACAGUCUGAUCUUCCGUGUUGUGUUUUUCUUGUUUUGGAAGAGAGGAUCGUUGGACUGUGGUGUGGCAGGCAACCAUCGUCUCCCUCCACACCAGAUCCCUUCACUUGUCUAAAAACUAUUUGCCUUCCUUUUGGGCUUCUUUUAUAAUGUCAGUCGGGACUCUGAGGCUUCUGAGUAACUGGCUUUGUGGCGUCUGUGCUGAGACUGACUGGUGUGCUGUGGUCUGUGCCUGCUGAUGGCUGCCCUGUCCUCAGCCCUGCUCAAACUUCUCUGUGCUGCUGUGAUGUGGUUGUUCUUGCCGGGGGGGUCCUGACCACAUGGCUCUCUUUCUAUCUGAAACAAACACACACACUCACACACUGCUGGAGAUAAAAUGGACCUUACUACCAAUCAGACCACUUCUGUAUUUUCCCCGGGGGAAGCGGGGGGUGACACAACUUUGACAGGCUGCUGGAGUGAUGAUAUCUUAAAUCACCUGCUGCUGUGCUCCUCCUCGUCAGUGUUUUUUUUUCUUUUUUGUAAGGACUGUGUGAUGGCAUGUGCUGAGAAGUCUAAAUGCAAUAUGCACUUUGUCAACGAAAUAAGAAUCAUCAUAGUCUUUUGUUUUUUUUUUUUUUUUUUUUAAAGUUUGUUUUUGAGUAGUCAUUUUUGCAGUUUUUCCUCCUACGGAAAGCCUUUGAGGCGUGGACAGUGUGAUAUGCUUACGUGUAAUUUGUCACUUUGGAGUGUAGUCUGGUAAAUUCACUGUUUAUUGGAUGCAUUUGAAAACAGGGCACUGAUAAAGACUUACGUAUGCUAAACAAGUUGAAGUGAAAAAAAAACACAAAAACACAAAAACCCUGCAAUCUACACGGGAACAGAAUACUACUGGCUAUUUAUGGUUACAGACUUUUUAAUAACAAUCUUCAUCUGUUGAAGUGUGAAGUGCACCUUAAAAAGAAUACAAGUUGCUUCGAGGAGCUGAGUGAUCGCAAUUCCUGCGCAAAAAAAAAAAAAAAAAAGAGGAGGAGAGAAAUCGGGAACCUGGCGCAAAAAGUGUCCUAUACCUUCCUUAAACAGUACCUCUUGUGCGUGCUUGUGUCUACUGUUUGUGAUCGCUGGCUUCAGUUGGCGUGCUUGUAUUUGUGUUUCGUGUGGGUGCACGUGCGGCUGAGUGAGCGUACUGUGUUGGAAUAUGUAGGGUUGAUUUUUGUGAAAGACUGCAGUUAAUGUUGUGUUGCAAAUCCAAUGGUAUGUAAUGUACUGUAAAUACAUUAUUUAAUGUACAGCAAAUUAACAGGAUUCUUCUAAUAUUUGUACAAACAUUUUAUAUGUAAAAUACAUGACAUUUUUGAAUAGGUACUGCUAUGGCUAUUACAGAUGUGUAUAUAUAUUUAUAUUUUUUUCAUGUACAGAAUGCUGUAUAAAAGCUGUACAAUUUUUUUUCUUUGUUUUUUCUUUGUUUUUUUUUUUUGUUUUUUUUUUUUAGAAUGGGCCAAUCUGUGUUAUUUUUUGUUUGUUUUUUAAAUGUUAUUGUAAAAAUUCAUAUUUUUGUAUUGCAUGUGAUUACCAUUCUGUACACACAGUUUGUGUUU